AUGUCCGUGCAGGUUGUGUCAGCAGCGGCUGCCGCCAAGGUGCCUGAGGUGGAACUGAAGGACCUGAGCCCUUCCGAGGCCGAACCGCAACUAGGACUGAGCACGGCGGCUGUGGGCGCCAUGUCUCCCCCGGCGGGCGGCGGGGACCCUGAAGCUCCAGCUCCGGCCGCCGAGCGGCCCCCCGUCCCCGGCCCGGGCUCGGGACCCGCCGCCGCUCUCAGCCCAGCCGCGGGGAAGGUGCCUCAGGCAUCGGCCAUGAAGCGGAGCGACCCGCAUCACCAGCAUCAGCGGCACCGCGACGGCGGCGAGGCCCUGGUCAGCCCCGACGGCACGGUCACCGAGGCGCCGCGUACAGUCAAGAAGCAGAUCCAAUUUGCUGACCAGAAGCAGGAAUUCAACAAACGUCCCACCAAAAUCGGACGCCGCUCUCUGUCUCGUUCCAUUUCUCAGUCAUCAACUGACAGCUACAGCUCAGCGGCUUCCUAUACAGAUAGCUCUGAUGAUGAGACAUCCCCCAGAGACAAGCAGCAGAAGAACUCCAAGGGCAGCAGCGACUUCUGUGUCAAGAACAUCAAACAGGCGGAAUUUGGACGACGAGAAAUUGAAAUUGCUGAACAAGAAAUGCCCGCACUGAUGGCUUUGAGGAAGAGAGCUCAAGGAGAAAAGCCUUUGGCUGGAGCCAAAAUUGUGGGCUGCACGCACAUCACUGCUCAGACUGCUGUGCUUAUGGAAACUCUGGGUGCUCUGGGGGCACAGUGCCGCUGGGCGGCCUGCAACAUCUAUUCCACUCUUAAUGAAGUGGCUGCUGCUCUGGCAGAAAGUGGAUUUCCUGUCUUUGCCUGGAAAGGAGAGUCAGAAGAUGACUUUUGGUGGUGCAUUGAUAGAUGUGUGAACGUGGAGGGCUGGCAACCAAACAUGCUAAUUAUAAUAUCUUACUGUCUUAUGUCCUUCUUGGUUUCCCUCAUCCUCAGGCUGUACCAGCUAUCCAAGGCUGGGAAGCUGUGUGUUCCAGCCAUGAAUGUCAAUGACUCAGUCACCAAACAAAAAUUUGACAACCUCUACUGUUGCCGUGAAUCAAUUCUCGAUGGGCUUAAAAGGACAACAGACAUGAUGUUCGGUGGAAAGCAAGUGGUGGUCUGUGGCUACGGAGAGGUGGGGAAGGGGUGCUGCGCUGCUCUGAAAGCCAUGGGCUCCAUUGUGUAUGUCACCGAGAUCGACCCCAUCUGUGCCCUGCAAGCCUGCAUGGAUGGAUUUCGACUGGUGAAACUAAAUGAGGUCAUCCGACAAGUGGACAUAGUUAUUACCUGUACAGGCAACAAGAAUGUGGUAACCAGAGAGCACCUGGACCGCAUGAAGAACAGCUGCAUUGUGUGUAACAUGGGACAUUCCAACACAGAGAUUGAUGUGGCAAGUCUGCGGACACCAGAGCUGACCUGGGAGCGAGUGAGAUCCCAAGUGGACCAUGUAAUAUGGCCAGAUGGCAAGAGGAUAGUGCUGCUGGCAGAGGGCCGUCUGCUGAACCUCAGCUGCUCCACAGUGCCUACAUUUGUGCUCUCAAUCACGGCUACGACCCAGGCUCUCGCCUUGAUUGAGCUCUACAAUGCCCCUGAGGGUCGCUAUAAGCAGGAUGUCUACCUGUUGCCCAAGAAAAUGGAUGAGUAUGUGGCGAGCCUACACCUGCCAACCUUUGAUGCCCACCUGACAGAACUGACAGAUGAACAGGCCAAGUAUCUGGGACUCAACAAGAAUGGGCCCUUCAAGCCUAAUUACUACAGGUAA